AUGACCGUCAUUUGCUACCUAUACAACUCAAAGGAGGUUGUUGAUUACUUACAAGAAUCUAUUAAAGCUAUUGAGACCAUGGUUGCCAAAAUGGAACCAGAACAACUCCCUUUAGAAUAUGAGGAAAAUCAUUUUCAAAUCGACUUAAACCAUGCUAGAAACAUUGAAGAUAUUCAGGCUAGGAUUUCGGGAUGCAGCUUGGCAGAGGUAAAAAUUUGA